AUGUUUCACAUUCCUCAUGAUUUAACUCGACAAUGGGUAGUUCAGAGAGGUGUAUGGCAUGUUGAUGACUGCUUGUUGUUUGUUUCACCUUGGAAGCCAGUGAACUCACUUAAAGUUCCUGAAAUUUCAACAAUUCCGGUUUGUGUAACCCUCAAAAAUGUUCCAGAUUGUUGCUACUCAAGAUUAGGCCUCAACCAUGUUGCAUCAGGACUUGGUGAGCCUAUGAAAAUGCACAAACCUCGCCUUGAUCCGACUUGUUUGGGAGAAGCAAAGCUACUGGUUGAAGUAGAACUUGAUAAGUCCUUCCCAAAGCAAAUUGACUUAGACGACAUACAAAGUAAUAUAUUUUUGGUGGAUGUUAAAUACACUUGGAUCCCGAGUAUUUGCGGCAGAUGUGGACAAUUAGGACAUAAGGAAAGAAGGUGUCUUCUCCCAGCUGUUCAAGAAACAAGUCACACUGAAGAUUUGUCUAAUGAAUCACCAAGGAGUCAAACUGAUAAAGAACAAGGUCAGUUCACUGUUGUCUCAGAUCAAGAGAUGGUACAAGUUGAAACUUCAGAAAUGGAAACCCAAGCUGGUGUUGAGCAUGUUCUUUCAACGCCAUUACACUUCCCUGCUCACUUUCCAAUAGCUACUACUCAGAAGGAUAGCUCUACUGUGUCUCACUCAUCUUUGGAUGCAAAAUUUAUUCCAGCCGCUACAAUAGCAGGUUCAUCAUCUGCUCCCACUUUCCACCAAAUUAUGGACAAUGUUCCAUCAGAUAUUAUCAGUGAGGGUAUUGAACUCUCAGAAAAUGAUCCUUUAACCAUGACCCUUCUUUCAACCGAAUCCAACCAAGAGCUUGGUGAUAUAGAGAGUGAUUUCUGUAUUACCGAACAAAUGGAUGAAUUUGGAAGUAUGACAAGAAGCGGUAGGUUGGUUAAGCCUACACAAAAGUAUCAAGGAAAUGAAUGGUUCACAGUUCGUGGAAAAGGGAAACGAGGUCGUAGGGGUCGAAGUUCCUAA